CCCCCGUACUUUCUCAUGGCCCCGCCCCUUUGUUGCUUCUUCUCGAAAGCGUACAGGCCGCUCUUUGAAAAUCUAGUUAGAUAGCUAACUAGAAGACAAUUGGACACUUCGAAAUGAAAACAUAAAACUUGAGCUGGUGACCUCACAAGGAAUUCCCCUCCUGCUCUGGUGGGAGGAAGAAGAUCCAGUGUUAUGAGAACUCAGAACCUGGGAUAACUUGUCUUGGUCUGAGACUCACAAAGCAGCACUUGCUAAAACUCCCAGUGGGAAGAGAGAUCUAGGAGACCUUUGAAUCCAUAUGAAAGGAAAGACACCUCACCCUAUUUUGGACCAAGACACAUUGUAACUAAUCAGAAUAGGAUCAUUAAGAAUCUGCAGGGACAAAAUGGAUCGAGAGAAGGGAAUGUUGAUGGAUGAAAUCGAAAAGGGUUUAUGGAAUUUAACCGAGGACAAUUUACGUUACCUUUGUGAACGUCAUGGACACGGUGGCAAAGAUGGCUUCGAAGUUAAAGGCAUGGAUCACCGCUCGUUGCGGCGUAAAAUCCUGGAGGAAAUGUGGGACAAUACGGAUUCAAUGAAAUCAGAGGAGCAGGGAAUAUCUUGGUUAGUCCAACUGAAGGAGGACAUCAGAAAGAUACAGGAGGAUGCUAGCAGUGCUGAUGAAGAUGAUGCUGUAGACUGUGACGAAGAAUGGAACGGAGAGGGCGGGGUUCAGUUACCUCGCAAUGGGUUGGAGGUGGAGCCCAUGAGUUCCAGCCAAUCUGAUGAUGAUGAUGGCGAUGUAGACUGUGAUGAAGAAAGGGACGAGGAGGUCAGGGAUUGGAUGGCUAGCGAUGGGCUGGAGGUGGAGUUGUCUCCAGAGAGACACACACCAGAGCAGAGAGUGAGAGGGGACAAGCUUCUCCGGCCCCCCUCCACCCUCUCGAAGUCCCCGGGUCGUGCGUCCCGCGGUAGCGCCCUACUGCGCUGUCUGAAGAAGAGGGUGUCUGUGCAGCUAGACGACAGCAAGACAACUCGCACAGGAGAGAAAUCUCACAGCCCGUCUAGUGCUAAACGAUGUACGAAAACUCUCCCAGGAGACAGGCCUAGCUCCCAUAUCUGUGAUCACUGUGGGAAGAAUUUAGGAAGUCAGAAAAGCCUGAAAAGCCACAUGCGCGUUCACACCGAAGAAAAACCUCACGAGUGCUCCGAGUGUGGGGAGACGUUCCGUCUGUUAAGAAGCCUAAAAAAACAUCAGAAACUUCACACUGGUGAGGUUAGAGGGACGAAGAAAGUCAAAGUCCCGCAUCCGUGUCCUCACUGCGGGACGAUGCUAGCUUCAAAGAAAGAAUUAAAGGAUCAUCUGCGAAUCCGCCACACUGAAAAAACUCAGCUCUGCUCUGAAUGUGGCAAGAGAUUCUCUAGCACCUACGCCCUGAGGAAACACCAGAGACUACACACUGGGGAACAGCUCCACCUUUGCCCUGACUGUGGGAAGACCUUCUAUACUCAGGCACACUUGAUAUCUCACCAGAGGGUCCAUGCUGAACACAGGGAAAGGCCGCAUGUGUGUCCCGUCUGUGGGAGGGGCUUUACAGCAGCUUCGUCCUUGAAGUCACAUCAGAGUAUUCACACCGGAGAGAAACCUUACCUCUGCUCUGAAUGCGGGAAGAGUUUCAGAACAUUAGGACACUUCACAACACACCAGAAGCAACAUGUAGAAGCAAAGCCAUCUUUCCCUUGCCCUGUUUGCAAUCAGUGUCUCUCAACAAAGCGAAAUCUUCUAUUUCACCAGAGAAUGCACACGGGAGAGAAGCCUUACCACUGCACACAGUGUGACCGGCGCUUUGUUAAUGAGCAGAAAUUGAAAAGUCAUCAGCGUGUACACACUGGAGAGAAGCCCUACCUUUGCUCCCAGUGUGGGAAAAGUUUUGCUCUUUCACAAAAUCUUAAAAAGCAUCUCAGGGUGCAUUCAGGUGAAAGGCGUUACAGAUGUACCUAUUGUGUAAAGAGUUUCAUUUCUUCAUCUGGUCUGAAAUCACACCUGCAAACACACACUGGAGUGAAACCCUGCCACUGCCCUGAAUGUGGGAAAGGUUUCUCAGAGAAGAGAGCUCUGAAGAAUCACAUGCUCACACACGGGAGAGAAACCGCUCCAACGUUCCAAUGUCUGUGAGAAUGUUACCCAGGAGAUACACACUGGGGUUGAAAAGCAUAAAUAACUGCCAUUAGACUGAGUCGCUCUGGAUAAGACCGUCUGCUAAAUUACUAAAACAUUUUUAAAAUACAACUUAGAUAUAUUGUACACCGCUGCCUUCCCGACUCCCUUGUGAUAGUUCAUUUGUCUUAUUUUCUCUGAAAAGGCUAACUAAGAAACUACCAUAACUAGUUAUUUGGUGUCUGGGUGUUCUGUUUAUGAGUUGUCUGCUUGCUUUGAACUGUUCUAUCUAGCCUGCAUCCAGAACCUGUUUUGUGCUAGUAUCUAUGUGUGUGUGUGUGUAUAUAUGUAUAUAUGACUCACAUUUUGGCAUGUAUUUAACAGUGCAGUACCAAUGUGACCACUAAAAGGACACCACUUGCCUGUUUUUUUAUGUUGUGACGUUGCUUCACUUGUCUUCUACUAUGGUGGGCUCGCGCUAUGGCAGUUUUAGAAGAAGUCUGCCAAGACAACUGUACAAAUCUGAACGAAGCAACUAGAUAAAUACAUUAUGACAUCUUAUUCCCGAGGUAAUGAACACGCUUGCACUGACUUGCCUAGUUAAAUCAAAAAUAUAUAUUUUUGGAUGACGUGAUGAUGUCAUUACUGCUCGCGGCACUCCCUGUACGCAUUGAGUGCUAGUGUGCAUGUGAGUUGGUCCUAAUGAAAAGGCUGCAAUCCGGAGAUAUAUAGUGCGGCAGGUAACCUAGCGGUUAAGAGCAUUGGGCCAGUAACAGAAAGGUCGCUGGUUCGAAUCCCUGAGACGCUUAGGUGAAAAAUCUGCCCUCGAGCAAGGCACUUAACCCUAAUUGCUCCUGUAAAUUGCUCAGGAUUAGAGCGUCUGCUAAAUGUUUUAAAAUGUUUUAUAUGGACCGUCCACAAGUCAGCGUUUUGCGAACGUGAGUAGGUUACGUUGAAAACAACAGUCUUCCAUUUUGAAUGCUGUCUCCAGUUAAUUUAUAGGCCGAGGCUAGGAAUAUAAAGUUUUCACCCCCGCCACCGUCCCUGCCCUGUGGAAACAUAUUUCUCCAAACAAAGGAUACAAAUCAUGUUUUGCGUAUGUGUUUAUUUUACACACGCAUUGAAGUUUCUCUCUUUUAAUCUAUGCUUUACUCCCCCUCUUCUGAACCCUCGACCAAUGUGAUCGACAUGGUGCUGUAGCCUCUGUAUCUGUCUCAUAUAUUUCUGAACAGCUGGAAUAUAUAAACUCUGUGGCGAUUUUGAAAGAAUAUUCCCAAAAUAUAUAUAUGUGAAGGCUAACUGUGUUGUGAGGGCGGAUAUUGCCUUGAAUAAGACGCAGUCUACACGCUGCAUUGGAGCAAAAACGAUCGGCGUUUUCUGUGAUGAUGUCAUCUUCAUAGUUAAACUGCCAUAUAGCCAGAGUUCCUGAACACUAAAUGCGUCCUCCAUAAGCUAGCUAGCUACUGGCAACAUUUAUGUUAUCGCAAUAAAUGAGUUCGUACUAAUAAUAAUAUCCAUGAAUUAAAUGGCAGUUUAGAAGAAGUCUGAAGAAGCAACUAGCUACAUAUGUGUUUAUAUAUUUAUUUAAAGGUCUAGGCUCCAAUUCUUCUGAAUGAGUGUAUCUCUAUCCACUUCUUGUAAUGUGUCAUUGCUUAAUAACUAAUGAAUGAUAUUUUAACAGACCCAUGUUCCACUGUUCCCCGGACGCUGAAGACGUCGAUUUAAAGGCGGCCUCCCCGCACCUCUCUGAUUCAGAGGGGUUGGGUUAAAUGCAUUUCAGUUGAAGGUAUUCAGUUGUACAACUGACUAGGUGUCCCCCUUUCCUUUCCGUUUCCAUAGUAAUGGACCUACAGGUAACAAAGUGUUUUUAAUUGGCUGUUGCAUUUCAGUUGAAGGUAUCCCCCUUUCCCCUGGAAUCCCAGGAGUCAUCUUUUAGUUCUACAUCAAUACAUGCACAAUGCACCAUGUAGAUUAUACUGUUCAUAGUGUAGUUUUUAGCUUACACUGUUCAUAGUGUAGUCUGGAGUUUUUAGCUUACACUGUCCAUAGUGUACAUACUGUAUGUGAAUUGUGUAAAUGCUGCGUGUAUAUCUAGUUUGUUGUCUGUCUGUAGCCUAUAUUCUGUUUGUUGUGUCAGCGCCAUAUCACCGAGUCAAAUUCCUGUACAUGCAAAUGUGUUUGGCGAAUAAAGGUGAUUCUCCGUUCCAUCUGUUGAUUGGAGGGGAAGUUACAGAUGUUGACAUGAUGUCUCACACAGUUGUUCAUCUAAAGUUUCAUUCUGAUAUGUUUUUUUUUUAUGUUUAAAAAUUAAACACGUGUUUUUCAAAUAAUAA